CCGCGGACCUUUACUGGCGAGUCGUGAAACGUCCGCUGGUCAGUACUGGUCAGAUUGUCAGAUGCGGUGAUCAGCAGUGCGGUGAAUGAUCGGCGAGAAUUCACCGCGUUCGGCUACGAACCGUAAGUGCCACGGUAGCACCAGGAUCCGCUCGAGAGACCAGUUGCGCCUUCGCUCGCUCUGGAACAAUAUGUUCUGGUUGUGGAAAUCCCCACGGGCCUCGCAAAAGUCGGAAUGCAACGCGAAAACGACUUCCGCUAUUGGUGAUGCCUCGAAAAAUCAAACUCCACCAACGCUUCUUUCGAGUUUGAGAAGCGUACUUUUUGUGAUCGGAACUGUAGUGAUCGGAUUCGCUGCUUUUUGCAAUUCUCUGACAUGGCAUUUACAAAGAUUCUGGGGUGCAUCUGGCGACUUCUGGCAAGCCCAGUGGGACAAAAUUUUGGAUAAAUUUGGAGAUGAUCCUGUAACACUAUGGGUUUACGGAUCCUUAUCUUUGAUGAUCGUCGUUUACUGGGUGAUCGGGGGAAUUUACACCAUCCUAGAUAUCACUAAUCGACCAGCGGCGCUGCGUAGAUACAAAAUACAACCCGGCACGAACGAACCAGUGGACAAGAGGGAAUUAUGCAAAGUGAUUGCUCAAGUACUGUUCAAUCAGAUCGUCGUCGGCUUUCCUAUUAUGUACCUCGGCUAUUAUUUCAUGGAAUGGCGCGGUUAUCCUCCAGUUCGCGAGCUGCCGACCUUCCAUUGGGUGCUCGCUGAGAUCGCGAUUCACAUAUUAUGCGAAGAAAUUGGCUUUUAUUAUUCACACAGAUUUCUCCACAAACGCUCCCUGUACAAAUAUAUACAUAAGCAGCAUCACGAAUGGACUGCGCCCAUAGCUGUCACCGCUAUGUAUUGCCAUCCUCUGGAGAAUAUUGGUUCCAAUCUACUUCCACCUUUCUUGGGUGUAUUCAUCAUGGGCUCCCACGUGGCUACCGCUUGGAUUUGGUUCUCACUCGCGAUUCUUUCGACGUUGAACGCACACUCCGGUUAUCAUUUACCGUUCUUCCCCUCUCCGGAAGCACACGAUUUUCAUCACUUAAAGUUCAAUCAAUGUUACGGUGUACUUGGCGUUUUGGAUCGCAUUCACGGUACCGACACGCAAUUUCGCAGUUCGCGAAAUUAUAUGCGUCACGUAAUGAUGCUUAGUCUUAUACCGCCUAGGGAAGCUUUCCCGGAUGAGGCAAAGUACAAGUCAAAGUAGAAGGAUUUUUCGACAAUUCUGAAAGUUAUAGGCAAUUUCCAAAAAAAAAAAAAAAAAAACUUUCCGCGCUGACAA